AUGAAUAUUUCCUACAUUCCCUCGGCAGCAACAUAUGCCUUGUUCGUAGUGGUGUUGGUGGGAGGCUGCUGGGGGAAUAUUGCUGAGGAGGAAACCUAUCGAUUCAAUGGCCAUGACAUUACUGCAUACUGGGGGUCUGAUCACUUCAACAUAUCGAACCAAGGAACUGAAGUUGAGCUUUCCAUGGAUCGACUGCAUGCAGGUGCUGGAUUCACAACCAAACGGAGCUAUGGGUCUGGUUUUUUCCAAAUGCGGAUCAAGGCUCCCCGGAGAAACUCCGCCGGAGUUGUCACUGCAUUCUAUCUAACUUCGGUCGGGGAGGCCCACGAUGAAUUGGACUUUGAGAUAUUGGGGAACGAAGAAUCGAGGCCCAUCAGACUAAACACCAACAUAUUCAUAGACGGCUACGGAAACAGGGAGAAGACGGUUCAUCUCAGCUGGUUUGACCCCACGGCUGACUUUCACAAUUACACUCUCCUCUGGAACCACCGCCAGAUCGUAUUUUUCGUGGAUGAGGUUCCUGUAAGGGUGAUGAGGAAGGUCGACGGGAAAUCGUACCCUGCGACGAGGCCAAUGUGGUUACAGGCCAGCCUGUGGAAUGGAGAGCCCUGGGCCAUGGACACUGACCAGAAGAAAAUCAACUGGGCCUACGGGCCGUUCCGGGCCUACUUCAAGGAUUUUAAGGUCGACGGUUGUCCCGUGGACGGCGAAGGUUCCGAUUUGGCGUCGUGUUCUUCGCCGGAGUAUUGGUGGAACGCCGAGAGAUAUUGGAAACUCGACGAGGCACAGCAGAUGGCGUACGAGCAUGUCCUCGAGCAUUACCAAACUGCUGACUACUGCAUCGACAGGCCCCACCCUCCAGAAUGCGGCCUCUAA